AUGAGCUCUAUGGUCUAUGUUUGUCCUAGCGCAUAUCUUGCCUCUCAAGGUGCUGAGCAAUGGCAUAGCGAGAGCUUCAAGCCCGGGUUUGUUCCUAUACUGAGAACCAGUUUAUUGAAAUUUAGAGAUGAGCUUGACAAAGUAGUCUCGAAAGUGAACCAACAGAAGGCAGCCCAUGCAUACCAGACUUCUGACGGUAAUGCCACGACCGCAGGGGAGCAGGAAGCAGCUUCUGAGAAAGUGGGAGAAGUUUCAGAAGAUUCUGUACUGCACAAGCACCAGGACUUGAAGCAGUUUUUACCAAUAACGCUUGAACAGCAGAUAUGUACCAUUUCGGUGGACGGGCUUCCUGAAAGCUUGACACGGGCGCAAAUGGCCGAGUUUGUAAGCAGUUUGGAAACUCUCACUGCUGAAAAAGUUGGAAUUUCAAAUGUUUUGCAGAACUGGAGUUUUUUCAAAGGAUUGAACUCAACGGCACUUCUGCUUAGAUGCAAUGACUCGAAGCAGUUGCCAUCAGUGCUUGCACUCUGGGUUCGUAUUUUUACUCGAUGGUCUGAAUUGGAUGAUGUAGUCAAGCCCAGUGUGCAUCAGGAUGAAAACACAAUGCGAUUUUACAAUGACCAUAUGAAGACUACUGAUGAGAUUCCAAUAGCAGAACUUGACGAGCAGGUUACAACGUUAAACAAUCUUUUGAAAAAACUGAAGCACUCUAGUUCACCAUCUAAUGAGGAGAACGUUUCGGUCGAUUACCAUGUAGAUGUGACUACGUUGAGCGAUUUGCCGCGAUUCUCGCUUGAACAACUAUGCAAAGACAUUGUCCACUUCCGAACGCGAGUGGUGUCAAUCGAAAAGGAAAAGCGUGCGAAAGCUGAAUAUGAGGAAAACAAACGCAUGGGACAACACAUGAAGAACGUUUUCGACCAGAUUCGCAAGAGCAAAGGUGACGCUAAAUUGGCAGAAGACGACGACGAGCCCGGAAUUCUAGAAGACGAGGAGGCUGAUGAUCAAGAAGAUGACUGGGUGGUGGAAACACGCGAACAAGAGAAGUUGCAGAUAAACACAGACCGUCUGUUUGCAGAACUGCUGGACAAUCUAGCGACCCGAAUAGAGCCACGUCUACAACGGCUCCAGCAGCAAUUGGCUCAUGAAAAUAAUUACGAAGCUACGCUCGAAAAGGAAAGGCCACUAUAUUUGAAAGAGCUGUUGCAUUUGGGUUAUAGUCCGUACUACGACCAUCACCGGUCCUUCAAAGAUGAAGAAGUCCGCCGCGAUAAAGAAAACCGGGAUGCAUACGGAGCAGCAGAGCCUUUGGUAGAAGAAGCGCCUGAAGAGGAAGUACCAUUGGUCACUGAGCAAGGUAAAUUCAAGUUGCAGAUUGGCAAAGCAAAGGAAGAGGAAAAAGAAGCUGAAGAUAAACUAUCACAAACGGGUGAGGAUCUUGAUCUGCUGUUACAGAAGCUACGCGACUCGAAUCUCGUGCGCGAUUUGGCAUUGGAAUAUUUGGGCGAGGCAGACCAAGAUCUGGAAGAUUAUAUUUUCGAUCAUCUCAAAGAGCAUGCCAGCAGGCCUGAAUUGCUCGCAGAGCUACGAGAGACUUUUGACGAGGAUGCAGACGUGAUUGUAGCCCGCAUUUGGGAAAAACUGGAGAGUCUUAGUCGUGGAGAAAUAUAA